AUGGUGGUGCCGGCAUCCUCUUGGAAGGAGUCAGAGGAGAACCUGCUCUCGUGCACGGCUCAGAUCAUGAACCAAGCCGUCGGUAUCCUGCGCUCACGAUCCAUCACCGACACUUCCUACACCUUCGAAAGCAAAGUCAUCGCUGGCUCGACUCCAGGCAAGCACUUUCGACAUGUGCUCGAUCAUCUUCGCAUCCUCACCGACGCAAUAGCAGACUGGCAGGCUCGCAUCAAGACCGACGCCAAAGCAGUGAUGCGAGUCGAUUACGACUCUCGCAUCGCCUCGAAACUGCCCCACAUCGAGACGUCUGUCACGGCUUCGUUGCGCGAGUUUGAGCGCACUGCGGAUCGACUGUAUCGUGUCUUUGACGAUUCCCACGGCCGCCUGUAUAGCCAGCCGCUGCGGCUGUGCGCAACGACGCCAUUCGUGGUAGAGAUGGACAGCACUGUCGGUAGAGAGCUGUGGUUCUGCGGCCUGCAUGCCAUCCACCACUAUGCGCUCGCCCGGGUCAUCCUGGUCAAGGAGCUCGAGCUGGAGGGCGUUGAUGAUCAGUUUGGCGUUGCACCCAGUACUCUGGUGCAUCGAGAGUGGCGCAAAGAGUCGAAUCGCGCCGAUACAGCACACAACGUGCUUUCACAAGGACGCAACGACGAGCUGCCGACCAGCGGUCACGCCGCUGCUUCUUCUUCACAACAGUCUAGUCCAUCGAGCGGGUCCUCACGUGUACAGUCUGCUGCGCUACCAUCACGACCGACACACUCCCGUCGCCAGCAUCAGUUCAAGUCGAAGUUAUGA